AUGAGCGACUACGGAGAGAAAGGAAGAGGCAACGAGAGAUGUGGAGGUGGCGGUCGAGGAUAUCGAGGAACCGGUGGCCCGAGCUAUGGGAAUGACGGAAAUUAUCAGGGCCACUACCACGGAGCUCGUCAGGUCAACGAUGUGGUCAACGGGAUGGGACAGAUGCGCGUCGACGACAGAAACGGCCACGGAGGACCGGGAGGAAGAGGAGGACCGGAUAGAAACAGGAAUGGCGGAGGUGGAGGCUGGAACAUGUACAGUCAGAAUCCGAAUUCUCAAGGCAACCGCGCUUACCAGCCAACAAUUGAUCAUUCGGCUCCGGCCCGCUCGGCCCAUAACCCAAAUGCGCCAAUUGCGAAGAAUCAACUCCCGUACAACACGCAGGAGUUUGCAAAGCGCCCGCCCAAAAUGAUUUCUGAGAUGAAGCUCGGCGACAAAGUUUAUCUGGUCACCAACCACGCUCUCGUGAUGUUGCCAGCGGAACCGAUCAAAUUGUACUGCUACAACGUCGAAAUCUACAAUGGAACAAAACACAUCGACAAGAGAGAAGAGGCAGUGCCUAUUUUCUGGGCUAUUAUUCAAGACCACGAUCGUCAUUUCCCGCACAGGGGCGAACUUAUUUUCAACGACGUCAACCAGCUCUGGUCUUGCAAGAAGAUCACUACUGAUGCAAUCCAAAGAUACAGAGGUGUAUCGAGAAAUACAAGACAUUUUUCUAUGGUUUUGAAGUUCUCCAACUAUUUCAUGUUCGGCGUGGGUCCGGAUGCCACCACUGACACUUCGAUGAUGAGCACCAUCACACAUGCGAUCGCAACUGCACGAGUCCGAAUGGCGACGUGAGUUUACUUAUUCUUCUUUUUGUUUCGAAUUAAAACUGUAAAAGUGGUGUUUUGUUUCAGACACGAAGGAACGAGAUACACAGUCUUCAAACGUCUCACCUUCUUGGUUUUGUCCAACGCCAAAGAGCGUUCUAUGCCAGACGUGCCCCUCUAUCAUCCGAUCAAAUGGGGAACCGACGCGAAAGUCGGAUUUUCGAUUGCCUUCCGCAUGAAUCUCCGUGCUGGAAUCACCGCGUGCUUUGACAGUAAGUUGGCACAAUGCCGACCGCUUUGAGAUCAAAUAUGAUUUUCAGUCAACCAUUCCGUCUUCACGAGACCAGGAUAUCCGCUCGUCAGACUGUUUGUCGAGCUCUGCGCGGCUGAGCCGAUCACAGACGAAGAGUACGAGGAGAACUACGACGAGUACAUCAGAAACGCGCGUCCUGAUGAGAAUAACAAACGUGUGAUGGAAAAAAUUCUCCACGGCAUGACUCUCCAUUUCUCCGUGAGUCCUGCAAUCUCUAUGGAGGCGGCAAUGGGACCCAAUCGGGCCGGCGAAAGGAACGGGUCGAGACAAUUCAAGUUCUACGAACUCGCUGAUUCUGCUCUUGAAGAGACAUUCGAGUGGGUGGAUAGGGACAACGUCGUGCAUCAUACGAACAUUGCCACGUACUUUCGAAUCACCCAUCAGUAUAUUCUCCGCUAUCCACAUCUUCCAUGCGUGAUGAAGAAGCCGAGCCAGAAUGCCGAGAUCAAGCGAAUCCUUUUCCCGAUGGAGUUGUGCUCCUACAUCGUCAACCCGACCAGAUACCAGGGAUUUUUUCCAGAGUCGUUCCACGCCGAGAUGAUCCGGUUCACGACGUACACUCCAAAACAGAGAAGAAUUCUGCUUGAACAUGUUAUCAGCCAGAGGCCUCUCGCCCAAACGGAUCCUGUUGUCGACAGCAACGACGUACAAAUGAGGCGCCACGGAGUCAGCAUUCAGGAAAAGAUGCUGGAGGUGAAGGCGACGGUACUUCCGGCUCCCACGAUCAUCUACGGAAACAGCACGGUUCAUGACAAAGAUCACACCGGUGUUUGGGAGGCCAUGCGGAAUGAGCCCGUCCGCACAGUGCUCCCCGAUGGAAUCCUGACUCCUGGAGGAGAGCUUAAGAAGAAGGUCAUUGGAGCGAUCAUUGCGAUCGAGAGCCCGCGAACUAACAGUAGAGAGUUGGAGUUCAACCAGUAAGUAUUUCCUAUUUAGGGUCUGAUCAAGUUUUCUCUAUUACAGUGAAUCCUACGCUCAUCUGAUGCGUGGUCUGGCAAAGAGUGGACAGCCAAUUGUGUGGGCUGAUGAAGCAUUGCGUGUCCCGGCAAUUUUGAAUCUCAUUCAUUACAACCAAAGUCACGACACACCACAAGAUCUAUUCAAAUCAGUUCACACUAUGGCCGCUGCGGCAAAUAGCGAAUACACAACAGAAGGAGACGGAUUCGUUAUUGUGCCGCUCUUUUUCUUGCUCUUCCGUGAACGAGCCGCGAUGUACGAAAGCGAACAAACAUACAAUGAUUACAGUAAGCGAAGAGACUCUGAUCAGGCGAAGGGUAAUAUUGUGUUAUUCCAGAUCUGAUCAAGUUCCUGAUGGACAACAAAGCGGGCAUUGUUACCCAAGGCAUGUUGGUCGCCAACUUCAAUUGUGUUAUGGUGAGCGCUAUCUCGAUUCUCUGCAAUUUCGCUUAUUUUAUUUUUUCAGCCGGAUAUGACAGUUUGUCCGUUCACGUGCCACGUCGUGGAGAAGAUUCUCGGCAAGAUCGGUACGACGCACCGCAAGUUAGAGAGAGAGGGAGCUCACAAAUCGUGGACUACUCUGACCAACCCAGACGCGCCGACCCUCGUCCUCGGCAUUGAUGUUUCGCAUCCCAAGACUCAGGACCGCGAGAACGGGAAAGGCGGCAAACCGUCUAAAAGGUGGCAAGCGGGAAAGGAGCACGAACCGAAAGACAUCAACUCGUUGUCAGUCGCCACCGUCGUCGGAAACAUCGAUUUGGACAUCACUCAGUUCAGAGCGUCGAAUCGUCUUCAAGACGCUGGCAUUGAACAGAUCAUCCGAAUGGAGCACGAGGUGUCGCUUCGCAUCACGGAAUUCGUGAAGCACACUGGAAAGAUGCCGGCUCACAUUGUUGUCUACCGCGACGGAAUUUCGGAGGGAGAUUUCCAGAAGUUUCUCUACGAAGAACGCACCGCCAUCGAGUCGGUUUGCAAGCAACUCGACAUCAAUCCCACACUCACCUACAUCGUUGUGUCGAAAAGACACCACACGAAGUUUUUUGCCAGGGAUAAGGACACCAAUCAAUUCGACGCCAACAUCAAGCCGGGAACAUUGGUGGAGGACGUGGUCACUACCACAAACUACUACGACUUUUUCCUCGGCUCGCAAGUCGGAAUGAUCGGCACGUCGCGUCCGACUCACUACUACGUGCUCCACGACACGUGGGCUCCGAUGGUCUCCUUCUGGCCGACGGUGACCCACGCGCUGACCUACUCGUUCGCCCGUGUCACCUCCACGACAGCUCUUCCGUCCCCGAUCGAAUACGCUCACCUCGCUGCCAAGAGAGCCAAGGAGACGCUCUACGCAGCUGACAUUGUUAGAGCGUAAGAGAAACAGUAAAAAAAGGGGGCAAAAUCUAUUAUUUUUAUUUCAGCGUCCAAAACGAGCCAAUGUACAACCCCGAGUGCCUCCAUGACAUCGGCCUCCUGACCGAAGCGAUCAACGCGCAUCCGAACUACGUGGGAAUGCCAUUCAUCUAG